AUGGAAUAUAUGCUACAGAAUGGAGUCGAGGCAGAGGCACGAAAUCGUGAAGGAAUGACAGCUGCGCACCUGGAUGUACGACGUAUGUACAUGGGAAUAUUUAAUUUGUUCACUGAACACGACGUGAAUAUGGACAUCGAAGAUGAAAAAGGAAUAACACCACUAUUUUAUGCAGUGGAAUAUGGACAAUCGGAAAAGGUAAACGCAUUAUUAAAACAAGGGGCUAGAGUAAAUCAUAGAGAUUGCUAUGGAAUGACACCGCUAUUCAUGAUAUUUAAGAAAAUUUUAACUCGCCGGUAUGAAGGGGACAAUUUAUACAGUCCAGAGCACAUAAGGAAGAUGGAAAUAACAAGAAUGCUAAUAAGAUUUGGAGCCAAUGUCAAUCAGCAGACGACUAAUGGGGACGUAACACCAUUGCACCUAGCUGGAGCGAGAGGAUAUGAUGAGAUUGUAACAAUGCUGCUGGAAAAUGGAGCGGAUGUUAAUUUAAAAGACAAGAAAGGAAGAUACGUUGUACAAUACUGCUGA